UUAUGAAGGCAAUUAUUCAACGAGUUUGUAGGGCUAGUGUUGUUGUUGAACAAGAAACGAUUUCUUCAAUUGGCAGAGGUAUUUGUGUUUUGAUUGGAAUAAGUAGAGAAGAUGGAGAUGAGGAUAUUGAAUAUAUGGUUAGGAAAAUAUUAAAUUUGAGAAUUUUUGAAAACCCAGAAAAUGGGAAGAGGUGGGACAAAUCUGUGGUAGAUUUGGGGUUGGAAGUGCUUUCUGUUAGUCAGUUCACUUUACAUGCACUAAUAAAAGGGAAUAAAUUAGACUUUCACCGUUCAAUGAAUCCUGAAGAUGCUCCACAAUUUUAUUUGAAAUAUUUGGAAAAAUUAAAAUCAAAAUAUGUUCCAGAAAAAAUAAAGGACGGGAAAUUUGGUGCUUUUAUGUCUGUACAUAUUGAAAAUGAUGGUCCUGUAACGAUUAGUUUAGAUAGUAAGGAAAGGGAAUAAAUUUUAAAAAAUUAUUUUUUAUAUUUUUGUUCGUUGUUGGUAUAUUUGUCUAAGCGAGUCAGUAAUUGUUUCUUCCAUUUUGUUCUGAAAUUAAAUUUUUUUUAAUUUCUAUUUUAUAAUUUUUUUUUUCAUAUUUAUGUCAUAGACUUAUUCCUUUUCUCUUUUUUUAUUUAAUUCCUUCCAUUGUCAAUUUAAAAAUAUCCUCCAAUUAUUAAUCUCGAAAUUAUGGUUAGUCUUCAGUGUGGGGAAUGGCCUUAGGAUUUUUGAGGAGGCAGAAUUUUCAUCGACAUGUAUAAAAAAGGGG